CCCACAGCUGUCAGGAUAACAGUGACCUGCACCAGCCUUCAAAACACCCGACUCAACACGCAACCUCACAAUUCACUGCAGGAGAGAAGGAGGAAACGUCCAGAGCUGAAUCUGAAGGUAGAAGCAACAUCUAAAAAGGGACAUCAUCUACAAUGUCAGGACACACACAGCUGUGGCUGCUCGUAGUAGUGGCUUGGCUAUGUGUUUUCAACAAAGAAGCUUAUGCAAGUUCAAUCGCUCUGCAUGAGUCGAGGUCAAACGCAGCUCUGAUUGGUAAUGAAACAGCAGCUCCUCUCAGCGUAGAUUCCAGGGCUUUGUCUCAGCCAGGAGGCGCCAACAACCAUCCAGUGUGCAGAAUCGACUGUGACUUUGAGAAAGACCUCUGCACCUGGAAUCAGUUACUGACUGAUGUUUUUGAUUGGACGAGACACAGUGGCUCCACCCCCACAUCAAUGACUGGACCUUCCUUUGACCACACAACAGGAAGUGGUCACUACAUCUACAUUGAGGGGGACAGCGCCACUCACGGCGACACAGCACGUCUCGUCAGUAAGGAAUGCUCUGACCGGCAGCCACAGUGCCUACAGUUCUGGUACCACAUAUACGGUUCCAGCUGGACCAUGGGCCUGGACCUCUACCUGCUGCAUGGUAAUGAUGCCCGGGAGGUCUGGAGACUGAGAGAAAGCAAAGGGAACACCUGGUACCGUGCUCUAGUGCCCCUCAUACCCCGGGGCAACUUUCAGGUUAUCUUUGAAGGACGCAGAGGUGAUAAUGCUAGAUCUGAUGUGGCUAUAGAUGACAUUUCUCUACACAGAGGAACUUGUGAAGAUCUGCUUCUCCCACCUCUGCCAGACAGCAACCAUCCAGUGUGUAGAAUCAACUGCAAUUUUGAGAAAGACCUCUGCACCUGGAAUCAGUACCUAGCUGAUGUUUUUGAUUGGACGAGACACAGUGGCUCCACCCCAACGCCCUUGACUGGUCCUUCCUCUGACCACACAACCGGAAGUGGUCACUAUGUCUACAUUGAGGGGGACAGCGCCACUCAAGGCGAUACAGCACGUCUCGUCAGUGAGGAAUGCUCUGACCGGCAGCCGCAGUGCCUGCAGUUCUGGUACCACAUGUACGGUUCCAGCUGGACCAUGGGCCUGACCGUCUACCUGAUGUACGGCAACCACCCCCGGGAGGUCUGGAGAUUGAGAGAAGACAAAGGGAACACCUGGCAUCGCGCUCUAGUCAACCUCACACCUCAAGGCAACUUCAAGAUUAUCUUUGAAGGGCGCAGAGGUGCUGAUGCUAGAUCUGACAUAGCUGUAGACGACGUCUCUCUACACAGAGGAACUUGUGAAGAUUUACUAAAAAGCAUUCCUACCCCAUCCAAACCUGAGCAUCCGAUAAUAAGCACCCCAGUCAGCAUCAGAACAACAACUCCACACCCAUCUAAAGAGACCACGACAGUCAAAUCGCAAAACACAGAUUCAUGUGUCCCAGAAAUCCCCAACACUCCAACUCCUGCUGCUGCAACAGCUCCUCCCAGCAUAGUUUCCACAAUUUCCCCUAAGAGAAGAGGUGCCAACAACUACCAUCCAGUGUGCAGAAUCGACUGUGACUUUGAGAAAGACCUCUGCACCUGGAAUCAGUUACUGGCUGAUGUUUUUGAUUGGACGAGACACAGUGGCUCCACCCCCACGCUCUUGACUGGACCUUCCUCUGACCACACAACAGGAAGUGGUCACUACAUCUACAUUGAGGGGGACAGUGCCACUCAUGGCGAUACAGCACGUCUCCUCAGUAAGGAAUGCUCUGACCGGCAGCCGCAGUGCCUGCAGUUCUGGUACCACAUGUACGGUUCCAGCUGGACCAUGGGCCUGACCGUCUACCUGUUGCAUGGCAACGAGGCCCGAGAGGUCUGGAGACAGAGAGAAGGCAAAGGGAACACCUGGCAUCGUGCUCUGGUGAACCUCAUACCAGAGGGCAACUUUAAGAUUAUCUUUGAAGGACGCAGAGGUGAUGAUGCCAGAUCUGAUGUAGCUGUAGAUGACAUCUCUCUACACAGAGGAACUUGUGAAGAUCUUUUUCCCACAAUUCCACCACAGAACGACCAUCCAGUGUGCAGAAUCAACUGCAAUUUUGAGAAUGAACUCUGCACUUGGCAUCAGAUAAGGGCUGAUGUUUUUGAUUGGACAAGACACAGUGGCUCCACCCCCACGGCAUUUACUGGUCCUUCCUCUGACCACACAAACGGAAGUGGUCACUACAUCUACAUUGAGGGGGACAGCGCCACUCAUGGCGAUACAGCACGUCUCCUCAGUGAAGAAUGCACUGACCAGCAGCCACAGUGUCUGCAGUUCUGGUACCACAUGUACGGUUCCAGCUGGACCAUGGGCCUGACCGUCUACCUGCUGCAUGGAAACCAGGCCCAGGAGGUCUGGAGACAGAGAGAAAACAAAGGGAACAUCUGGCAUCGCGCUCUAGUCGACCUCACACCCCAAGGCAACUUCAAGAUUAUCUUUGAAGGACGCAGAGGUGCUAAUGCUUGGUCUGACGUUGCCGUGGACGACAUCUCUCUACACAGAGGAUCUUGUAAAGAUUUGAUAAAUCUGCCUCACCUAAACUGAAUGGGUUAAAAGUAGAUAUCACACCGGAGUCCAAUCACCUUGAUGACUUACCCCACAUUCUCUAUGCUGAGUAUGAAAAAGAAAGUGAAGUGGCAUAGAAACAUGAUAUAAUUUUUAUAAUGCACUAGUUAUGAUGCCUAGGCUGAAAGCAGAACAUACUUUUGGAUGCUUUUAUCUUUUGCAUUUUCUGAUUUAUGAUUGUGGAAAAAAUCAUAAAAAGGGGGGGUGAUGGAAAACGCAAAUCUGUGUCUAACAUUGCUGUGUCUAACCUUAAGAUCAUCGUGCAUAACUUUAAAAUCUGAUUGAAGCCUGUCUAGUCUGUGUCUAAACCUGUCAGCAGGAGAGGGUUCCUCAGAAGUGCUUAUGUAUGCAAGAACAAACUGUUCUUGACUUUUCUAUCCCCUUAACUCCUCUAAGCAUAGAGAAACUACAAGAUGAACUGCGUCCUCGCCUCAGGCAGGAAAACAAAGUUAGGAUGGAGAGGCUUGAGGCAGAGGCAUGGGCUAAAGAACAGCAAAGGAGAGGGGAGGGUGUGGGUGCAAGAGUUGCGUGUCAACUGCUGUAUAUACAUAGCUCUGUGUGUUUUUUAAUAAACUCGGAGAUUGGAGACAAUA